AACCAGCUCCUUGCGAAAGGCUUGCUGUUUAUAGAGGAGAAGGUUAAGCUGUGUGAAGGGGAGGAUCGCAUUGAUGUCCUGUCUGAAAUCUGGGAUCACUAUUUUACAGAGACUCUUCCUACACUCCAGGCAAUAUUCUACCCAGUCCAGGGCCAGGAGUUGACUAUCCGUCAGAUUGCUCUUCUUGGCUUCAGAGACUUGGUCUUGCUAAAAGUAAAGUUGGAAGAGAUUCUGCCUCUGGUCCGGACAAAGCUCCCAGCUUCCAUUGUCCAGAUGCUGUUAAUUCUGCAGAGUGUUCAUGAGCCUACUGGCCCCAGUGAGGGCUACCUACAGCUGGAAGAACUGGUCAAGCAGGUGGUAUCGCCAUACCUGGGCUUGUGUGAGGAUCACAGCUUCUCUGGUAGCACCUGCUUGCUUGAGAGACGCUACUCCAGAUCCCGUCCCAAGCCUGGUGUUCUGAACUACUCAUCUCACGUGGCGACGAGCCGGCAGCCCAGCGACAUGGCCCUGACCCCGCUGACAGAGCAGGAGGGGGAGGCUUACCUGGAGAAAUGCGGGAGCAUCCGUCGCCACACCGUUGCCAACGCUCACUCGGAUAUUCAGCUCCUGGCCAUGGCCUCCAUGAUGCACACGGGGAUGGUGAUUGAGGAGUCGGACAGCACCGACAAAUGCCUCCUCCUGCAGCCCAGUUUUAGCCACAGGCAGUGCUCCAGCGAGCCCAGUAUCGCCGACGGGCCCGAGGGAGUCAUGGCAGCAGGUAGGCAGGACCCUGCAGAGCUGAACUGCACGUCGGUCAGCUAG